AACUGCUUGAUGCAAGUGUUCCGGUCCUUCCUCGGCGCGGCCGGGUCCGCGGACCAGCGCAAUGCGAUCAAGGACGUCAUCGCCAUGGGCGACGCCGGGAAGAAGCGCUCCAAGGACGACGUGCUCCAUGUACUGCAUGCGUUCUGCGACGUCUUCCCGCUCGAGGCUGACCGGAAGAGCAUGGACAUGGAGGAUGACUAUGACGUCAAGGACCGCAAGCUCUACGAUGCAGUGUACCGCUUGCUCAAGGUGCAUGUCGACACGAGCGCCAGUGGCGGCGACGAGUCGGACGUCGUCUUGGUCCUCCUCGACACGCUUAAGCGCAUCCUCAAGUGGCGCGACCUACACAAGCUCGUGCCCAAGUACUCGACAAAGCCGCUGCUCACGUGCAUGAUGUGGACACCGGUGCUCGCGCUCUCGGUGCUCCAGGUCGUCACCAUCAUGAUGCUGCGGCCGACAGGUCUCAAGUCGGCCGAAAUUGGCGACAAGAUGGAGAUGAUGAACAAACGCACCUUUGCCGACGACCGCGGGUACCCGGUUCUCUGCAGCCUCGUCGCGCAACACAGCGUCGCGUCGGACGAUGCGAGCCACAACGCGUGCUCAAGCAGCAUCCUGCAGCAAGCGCUCCAGCUCUUCCAUAUGACGCUCAUCUCCAACAAGCAGACGACGGACCCUGUGACGCUGGAGCGGGCCGCCGAGUCGCUCUUGCAGGCGCGGGAGACACUGCUUCGGCUCUCGCACCACGAAGAUCCAAUGAUCCGGCACGUGAGCGUCGACUUGCUCUUUGAAUUGUUCUUGCUCGCCGGCCUCGACCAGGUCACGCUCAUCCAAGACUCGGCGCGCGAGUCCGGCGCGCUCCUGUACAUGCUUGCGGCGGCCCUCGAUGACGUACCGUCGGCCGACGAGCUUCAGGUUGCGAUCCGAGACAAGUCGAUCGCGCUCGUCGAGAUGUUUUGCGCGGGCAAUGCGCGGUCGAAAGCGGCCAUGUAUCGUAUUUUGCCUGUCGAGCUCUUUGUGCCGAUCGAGGACCGGCCCGACCUCGUCUCCAAGUACUCGAUCGCGACGCUCAAGAAGGCGACCAAGGUCACGCAGCGCAAGUCGAUCCCGGUGGACUUUGCGUACAUGGGCUUUCCGUUCCGACCCGAGUUUUCCGCGUCCGGGUCGAUCGGGCCGCGCCCGCCGCUCGAGUUUCAGCGAUGGCUCCAGGACGCGCGCGCGCAGGGCGAAAAGUGGACCGAAGUGCUCCUCGCAACGCGACAAGCGCACGAGCGACCGACGUUAGUGUGGCGUGCACCCAUGCUUCGCGAACUCCAAAGCGCACUCCGCAAUGAAAUCGCAUCGUUUGAAGCCAAAGUCGCCGCGACGCCGACCGUGCGUACGAGCAGCGGCCCUCAUAUGGUGCUCUGGGACUACGAUCAGUUCCAAAUCACAUACGCCUCGUUUGCGUCCGAGCUCAUCGUGCACGGGUACUUUAUUGAACACUUGAUCCCGAAGCUCGCGAACCUCGCAGAUCCCUUCGAGGUAGACGACUUGAUGGUCCUCGCGUGGCAUCUCUCCGACCGGCUGAGCGUCGAAGAGAAUGCGCACUGGCGCCACUGCUGCGUCAAGUGCCUUCGCCUCAUGAUGCGUCGGUACGCCAUGACGUUCAACGGCCAGCUGCCUGUCGCGGGGCUGCUCCGUCAGCUCGCGGUGGAUGAUGUCGACCCAAGCUUUGCGUGCGAAGCCUUUCUGCUCUUCCACGUCGCCAUUAGCACGUCCCGGACGCGCCCGACCGAGAGCCUCUCGCCCUUUUACGCGUCCAUCCUUUCGGUCGUGCUGUCUGUGCUGCAGCAGGCGCCAACCCGAAUCGCAGGUCGGCCGUCGCGCCUCAGCAUGGCGUCGACGCUGAGCGAAGGCGGCGACGACGAGAGCUUCCACUUGCGCCUUACUUUCGACGUCGAAUACACGCAGGAAGAGUCGAGCGCCAAGGACGAUGACGCGGCGGCAGACGUCGAUGCGAUGGUGCGCGCCGGCGUCAACAUCAUUCUCGUCAUCCUCCAGCGCGCCAAAGCAUUCGUGCCGCAGGUUCUGAACGCGCGCAUGUCGCUCGGCCGGCUCCUCACGUCUGGAUACUUGAGCCACAAGACGCUGCAUACGCUGAUUUCUCUGCUCUCGCACAUUUGUUCGCACCUUCAGACGGACGACUCGCUCAUCUACACGCGGUCGCUGCUCCCUUUGGUAUUUUUUGCCAGUGCCAACGUCCACAACAAGGGCAUGUGCAUCGCGGCGGCGAGCUUCCUCGCGGCGCACUACUCGCCAAGUGACGUCCAGUCGCUGCUGGAGACGAGCGUGGGCUUUCGCGGCUGCGGUAUGCACUUGCUCUUGCCAACGCCCAUGGUGCUAGCUGCUGUCUUCAACCACGACACGAUCCAGUCCGCCGACGUCAUUUGGAGCGCGGCGCUCCGCCUCAAGCUCUUGAAAUCCCUUGCGACAACGCUGCAUGUGGCGUUGCCGCUGACAGACGACGACGUCGACGAGGACAAGCAGACCGUGCUUCCAGACUUUGACGUUCCCGUUGGCCACCUCUUCUUACGGUCGUUUGUCGAGUGCCACGGCAGCUUUCGCGCCGAGUGGAGCCGAGAGAUGUACGAAGAAACGCUGAUGGCGCUCACGCGGCACGUCGUGCUGUCGCGCACGAGGUCGUUGUACGGCAUCAACCUUGCUAGCGACGACAGUCCAGACCCCAUGGCGCUCCAAGUGCUCGCACUAAAGGCCCUCGCACUUUUCUUGCCAGCAUCCCCGCACGAUAUCGCUCUAGACGACGCACUCUUUGAUGCGCUCUUGCAACCGCUGCGCCGGACGCUUCUGGGCGAAGUGGACCAGGAGCGGACGGCCGAGGGUCUGCGCAUCUGCCGGCUCCUCAUCGCCCCCGAGCUCGGCAACGUGAAUGCCCGAGCCUGCUUGACCACAUUGUGCUCCCCGCAGACGAUGCAGCUGCUUCGAGACGCGCUCGAGAAGACGCUGCAUCCGCGCUUCCUUCAGUUUCUAAAGGAGCAGCCCUGUGACGAAGGCUCGGCCAUGGCGCUCUUGACUGCGCUGCUGGAUACGCUUGCAGCCAUGGCACAGUCGCUCGACGGCGUCGCCGCGUUGCAGAACCACCCGCGCUGGAUCACAAGCGUCAUUGCGCACGCCUCGACGAGCCACAUUCAAGGUCUAAACAGCGAUAAAGUUGCAACCGUGUGUCUCCGCUUUCUUCAAAAGCUGUGCGUGCUGCCGGCACUGCAGCAAGUGUUCAUCGAUGCGGGCGGCCUCAUUUCAAUCAGCGACGUGUGUAUCGCCGUGGACCAGGCCGAUCCGCGCACACACGACACGGUCGAGCUCGCCGCGUCGGUGCUGCAGGCGUGCUUGCCCGAGCCAGGACACGCUAUGACGCCCGCCUUUGCGGCCUUGACACAGCUCUACACGCCCGGGCUCGUGCAGCUCUUGAGCAAGUCGACACUGGAUUUUCUCUGCAGUCUGCAAUCUCCCGAGCCUAUUUACCAACCCACGUUGGUGUGGACACUCUCAAUGCAAGACCAGCUCCGGGAUGCGCUGCGGAGCGAGCAAGCCAAGAUGGCGCUCAAUGCCAAGUCGGCGACGACGUGGCCAGUGUGGGACCCCGAUAACUUUGUCGCAGCCGACUCGUUCCGGUACCUUUACCCCGAAGUCGCCAACGAGGUGCUCGUGGCGCACGUCUACUUGCGUGCGUUCGUUCAAAGUGACUCGGACCAGCUACCGGACAUGAUUGACCUCCCGCAGUUCACCAAGGCGCUGCUGUACGCCAUGGAGAGCAGCGAAGCCGCGCUCCUCUCGAUCAAAGCGAGAGGAGGGAACCCGCAAAAGCAGCAAGCGCUCCUCGAGCUCUUCCGAGGCGCCUUGCGCAAGAUCGCGGUCGACCACCGGACCCUCCUCGACGUGCGUCUCCCGCCAUUUAUUGAAGUCGACGGGUUUAGCGACACGGAGAGCGUCGGCGAUACCAUCCAGAACCUCCAAGAAAGCCCGACCAACCACAGUCACUCGAUCACAUCCGACGACGAGAAGCCAUUCACGCUCGACCACCAAGACUCGGUGCCGAUCGACGAGGGCGUCGUUUAGGCCGUGACGCUCCUACUAUCUAUAUACAUUACAGCUCCCGUGUACAUACUCGCGCAAGAGCACAUGGCAGCGCACGCAGUGGUCCCAGCA